GCAUGGUAUUUGCCAGCUCCCCAACAUCUCCCUCCUGAUGUCUUCUCGCUGCUGUGGACGACUGUUGAUGAUUCAGGUGGGACGUGGGCUGCAGAGAGCACUCUUUUCUCCAAAGACAAACUGCAGUGAGAAGAAGGCUGGAACCCUGCCCAGCCUUCAAGGACUGACAACACUGAAAGGGUGUGAGUGAGUGUCCACUGUUCCAUGGCUCUACAGGAGCUGGGCAUCAGCCUGUCCAUGAUAGGUGUCGCUGGGACCAUCCUGAUCUGCGCCCUGCCCAUGUGGAAGGUGACGGCCUUCAUCGGCACACACCUGGUGGUCAUGCAGGUGUUCUGGGAGGGUCUGUGGAUGACCUGUGUGAGUGAGUACACGGGUCAGCUGCAGUGCAAGCUCUACGAUGCCCUGCUGGACCUGGCGCCCGACCUGCAGGCAGCUCGAGGCCUCAUCUGUAUCAGCCUGGUUCUGGGAUGUUUGGGAUUCCUCAUCUUCCUCCUGGGAGCACGCUGCACCAACUGCCUGAGCCACCCGGGGAUAAAGGCCCGGGUGGUGCUGAGCUCCGGGGCCAUCUUCUGCCUGUCGUCGCUGACCACCAUAGUGGCCGUUUCCUGGACAGCCAACUCCGUCAUCCGUGACUUCCACAACCCACGCGUCCCUGAGGUGCUGAAGAGAGAGCUUGGAGCGGCCAUAUACAUCGGCUUUGUAACCUCUGGGCUGCUGUUCUGUGGGGGAGCCAUUCUGUGCACCAGCUGCCCACCUCAGAGGCCCAGGUUCCCCUCCAGUGGGUACACCCGUGCCAGGAGCCCCCCGCAAGGCAGCUAUGCCAUCAAAAACUAUGUCUGAAGUAAGGACCAAUGGAGUGAUAAACACAUCUUGAACUGUAAUAUAAUGGCCAAACAUAUAUUCACAAUUUUAGAAAGGACUUCACUUUACAAUACAUUUCAGUUUGUUGUAUUUUUUUUCUUUGGGUAAGAAAACUGGAUUUUAAGAAUAUCACCAGUACAGUUAUUUUAAUUCUUGUUUAAUCUUUGUGCACAUUCAAAGAGUUGUAAUGGAACGUGCAGCUAAAUUAUUAGAGGCUUAUUACAGGAGAUAGAUUUCACUGUUUGUCUGAUACAGCUAUGGCAAACUGGCAUUACUGCUUUUAAAAUAGCUGCUAACUGCCCCAGUGAAUUAUUAUAUGUCCGAUUGUUUUUCAUCAAGAACCACAAAUGAUUCCAUGUGUAAAAAUGUCCUAUCCAACCAUUAUAAAGAAAUAAACAUUUCCGGAUUUCCA